CUUGUUUCCUGUGCAACUUCCUUCAAAGACACAACAGCCAUUGGUUUCAAAUAUUAACCAUCGUGUCAUUAAUUCCUGUGUAAUAUUCAUUUCCAGUUUGGAUUUCUCCAGCUUUGAUCCCCCAUCAUGAUGCGUUACUGGGGCGAGAUCCCCGGGCCAGCGGGGGCUCCUCCCAGCCGCAGCUCCUUCGACCUGCUCCAGCGUGAGUUCCGCUCAGUGGAGAUGCAGGACCCCCCCAUGCACCAGCCCUCGGCCCAGCGCCCCCGCCCCACCACGAUGCUGGACAUCCCCUCAGAGCCCUGCAGCCUCACCAUCCACACCGUGCAGCUGUGUCAGCACACCCGCCGCCUCCGGGGCCUCCUGUCUGCAGCCCAGGCCCAGGGUCAGGGCUCAGCGACCUCUGAGGGCGGCAGCAAGCUGGAGGAGGCUGACACCAACCUGCCGCUGCGGCCUCCCACCCCCCCCAACAUGCCCGAUGACCUGCUACCUGCAGACAGCAAAGCCCCGCGGCAGCCCUUCCUGCUCCGACACAGUGACCCUGAGAGUGACUUCUACAAGGGUAAAGGAGAGCCGGUCACAGAGCUCAGCUGGCCCUCCUGCAGGCCGCUGCUCUAUCAGUCCGUGGCCACCAUCUUGGCCCACGCCGGCUUCGAGUCGGCUCAGGAGAGCGUGCUGGAGACCUUCACCGACCUGGUCCACGAGCAUUACCUGCGCCUCUCCAGGAAGCUGCGUGUGGCGGUGGACCGCGAGGCCCGGCUGGGGGCCAGUCCCUUCCCCGACGUGGUGGAGCAGGUGUUCCACGAGGUGGGCAUCGGCAGCGUGCUUGCCCUGCAGCGCUUCUGGCAAGUGAGGAUCAAAGACUACCACAGCUACAUGCUGCAGGUGAGUAAAGAUCUGUCGGAGGAGUAUGAACGCCUGGUGAACCCGGAGAAGGCCCUGGAGGACUCCAAGCCCCAUAUCAAGGAGGAGCCAAUGAGUGACAUCUCCUUCCCUGUGAGCGAGGAGCCCGAGGCAGAUUUAGCUUCCGGGGACCAGGCACUGCCCAUAGGGGUCCUGGGGGCCCACAGUGAGAGGCUGGCUUCAGGCCUGGAUGGUGACCACUCUCCUCACGCCUCAGGUGGGGGCGGGGCACACAACUCCCCGCUGUGGCCACAGGUCAAGAUGGAGCCGCAGGAUGCCGAGGAGGGCCAGGGGGCUGGACACCACCACCACCACCACGCUGUCCUGGGGGGGGAUGUGUUCGAGGAGGGGGGGCCCAUGUCCUCCAUGAGCGAGACGGGAGGAGCCAUGGCGCCCACUCCUGGAGGCACGGCGUCGGACACUAGCUACCCUUCACAUUCCCCCGACUCCUUGAUGAGCACUUCGCCCGUUUUCAACCAGAGACCCAAGAAACGGGCCAAGAAGAUGUGAACUCUGAGCUCCCCACCAAGUCUCCCACGCAAAUCUUUGUUUUUUGGACUCCACGUCAUGGCCGCUACAUGACUUGACUGAGACAUUAAUGUCAUGAACAAACUGAGCUGAUUUAGUUUUUUACGUUCGUCUGUAUUGUGGUAUGUAUUGGGCCAUUUUGAGUAAAUCAAAUGUAUAGUUAUAGUUAUUAAUAGUUUUUGCCAAAUGACUUCAAUAUCUAUUUUGUGAUAAUAUUGUAGGGUUAAUUAUUGGUACUAAAUAUUUGAUAUUUUUGAUAAAUAAUCAUCAGUAAUGUCAAUAUGUUGAUAUGAUAUUAAAGAGGCCCUAUUAUCCUUUUUGGGGUUCCCCCCCGGCCUGAAACGCCUA